AUGUUGAAGGAGUUACCUUCUUUGUCUACUAUUCUCUCCGCUUAUGCCUCUUUUUCAGCCAUGGCUAUGUUAUUCCGUACCAUCUUAAAUGAAAUGCUCCCUGAAAGGAUGCAAAACUACAUUGCCUCUAAGAUUUACGACUUCACAGCUGCUUACUUCUCAUCAGACUUCACCUUCAUAAUUGAAGACCGAUGGCGCGCCGGCGAUAACCAAAUGUUUCGAGCUGCGGAGAUAUACUUGCCCACCAUAAUUGGACCCUCCAGCGACAGUAUUCUCGUAGGUUCCGAUGACUCCAGUGAUCCCACCGCACCACCAAAACGAAGCAUCCCUGUAGAUUGCAGGAUCAAGGAUAAUUAUGAUGGCAUGCGCUUGGAAUGGACUUUAUCUUCCAUUGACCCAAAAAAGUUUUACGUCCCCCCUAAGAGAUUCUUCAGCUUGACCUGCAAGAAAAGAGAUAGAGAAAGAGUUGAGCAAAGGUACUUCCCUUUUAUUAACAAGACUGCACAAGAAAUUAUAAACAAGAGUGAGAGCCUCAGUAUUUACACAUACGAUCAAGAGUGCUCCAUGUGGGAUCCCACAGUUUUCAAGCACCCUGCAACAUUUGAGACCCUGGCAAUGGAGCCCCACCUUAAGGAGUUCAUAAUGAAGGAUCUUGACUCAUUCGUGGAACGCAAGGAGUUCUUCGAGAACGUUGGCAGGGCUUGGAAACGAGGGUACCUUUUGUAUGGUCCACCUGGGACAGGAAAAUCAUCACUGGUUGCUGCAAUUGCGAAUUACAUGAGAUAUGAUGUAUAUGAUCUUCAGUUUCAAAGCGUUAGAAACGAUUCCGAUCUCAGACGCAUACUCACAUCCACCACGAACCGCUCCAUUCUGCUUAUUGAAGACAUAGAUUGUAGCACAAAAGUGUCACAUAAUCGAACCAAGGUCAAGGAAAAAAGUGAAGAAGAAGAUGAUGAUGAUGAAGAUAGAGAUGAAACCAAACGUCCCUUCUCUAUCGAUCCAGGGGUAACACUGUCAGGCUUACUCAACUUCAUUGAUGGAUUGUGGUCGAGCUGUGGGAACGAAAGAAUCAUAAUCUUCACCACAAAUCAUAAAGAAAAGUUAGAUCCGGCGCUGCUACGGCCAGGGCGAAUGGACGUGCAUAUUUACAUGGGAUAUUGUAGUCCAGCAGGAUUCAGAAAACUUGCAGCUUCAUAUCUUGGGAUCAAAGACGACAAACUGUUUGGCCGCAUUGAUGAUCUGAUUAAAAGUGUGGAGGUUACUCCAGCUGAAGUGGCACAACAACUAAUGAUCAGUAAUGAACCAAAAGUUGCACUCGAAAGUCUCAUUGAAUUUCUUAACGCGAAGAAGGAUAUAGAGGAAGCAGCAGAGAAGGAAAAUAGUAUUGAAGAAGAGGAAGUAACAGAAGAAAUGGAGGUUGAAAGACAAAAUUCAAUGCUUGCUGAGUCCGAAACAAGAUGCAUAUAUUUGACUUAGUUUAGCUAUCUGGCAAGUCAUGGAAUAAGAAGUGAUGGGAAGACGACGGUGUCUCAUUGAAAUUUCAUCGGUGAUCAGUAAUUUUUUUUUGUGAUGGCUAUUUGUAAACUUUUUAAUCUGUUUUUAUAGUGUAUUUCAAAAUAAUAAAUGAUUUCUUGAGUUAAUUUGAACUCUGUUGUCUUAAGUUAUAUAUUUAUCUAUUUAUUAUUUUCCAUUA